GUUUACUCGUGCGGCUCUAAACGCAAACCCGGCUAUCGAAAUGUUUCUUCCCGUUUUCGCGUGCAGCUAGUCACAUCGACAACAAGCAUUUUGCUACCUGAUGCGGGCAUUGCACCUCCCGAAGCGGAACCGAAAGGGCCGCCGCGCUUCCGAUACCUUCUAGCUGCCCACAUCUAGUCGUCAUCACUGUGGAGCGUCUCCCCGCAUUAUAAAUCCAGAGGAUGAAAUGCCGGCGAUACUACGGCUAAGGAUUGGUAUAAAGCCAAAGGGAUAAUGCGCUCUGGUAUCUCAGAGCGGCCUUGUUAAUCACGAUGUCAGCAUCUUAUCGCUAUUUGCCAGCGCUGCUGUGGGCAUCCGGGGCACUUGCCCUGUUUCCAGACUGCGUAAAUGGGCCCUUGAAGAACGAAACGAUAUGUGACACUUCAGCAUCACCCCUCGAUAGAGCCAGAUCCUUAGUGGCUCUAUAUACCUUAGAAGAAAAGAUCAAUGCCACCGGAAGCACGGCCCCUGGCGUUCCCCGGCUCGGUGUUCCGCCAUAUGAGUGGUGGUCCGAGGGUUUGCACGGCAUCGCCGGGCCCUUCACCAACUUCUCGGACGAGGGCGACUACAGUUAUUCGACUUCCUUCCCGCAGCCCAUCCUCAUGGGCGCAGCAUUUGAUGACCAGCUCAUCACGGACGUUGCGACUGUGAUCGCAACAGAAGCUCGUGCAUUCAAUAAUGCGAAUAGAACUGGCUUAGAUUUCUGGACUCCUAACAUCAAUCCCUUCAGAGACCCGAGAUGGGGGCGGGGCCAGGAAACGCCCGGAGAGGAUCCGUAUCACCUCUCUUCAUACGUUCACGCCUUGAUCAACGGACUUCAAGGCAAUUCACUUGAUCCGUACAAGCGGGUGGUAGCAACCUGUAAGCACUUUGCGGGAUACGACAUCGAGAAUUGGAAUGGCAACUUCCGCUACCAGUUCGAUGCGCAGGUCUCUCAGCAGGAUCUGGUAGAAUAUUACCUGCCUCCUUUUCAGAGCUGCGCUCGUGACUCUAACGUCGGUGCCUUCAUGUGCUCUUACAACGCAGUGAACGGUGUACCGACAUGCGCCGACCCUUACCUCCUCCAGACCAUCCUUCGUGAGCAUUGGGGCUGGACGAACGAAGAGCAAUGGGUAACGAGCGACUGUGACGCAGUCCAAAAUGUCUUCCUACCGCACCAGUGGUCUCCCAAUCGUGAGCAAGCCGCCGCGGAUUCGCUCAUUGCUGGAACGGACGUCAAUUGCGGCACAUACAUGCCGGAUCAUUUACCCGCCGCCUUCGCGCAGGGCCUUGUCAAUGAGAGCAUCAUCGACCAAGCGCUUAUUCGGCAGUACUCGUCUCUCGUUCGCCUCGGUUGGUUCGAUCCUCCCGAAAACCAGCCAUACCGCCAGCUCGAUUUCAGCGCCGUAGCUACCAAUGCUUCCCAGGCGCUCGCCUACAAAGCUGCCGUAGAGGGUAUCGUGCUUCUCAAGAACGAUGGGGUUUUACCCCUUUCGCUCGAUUCUUCAACGUCCUUGGGCUUGUUCGGGGACUGGGCGAAUGCGACGGAGAAUCUUCUCGGAAAUUACUACGGCGUUCCAACCUAUCUCCACAGCCCCUUGUGGGCCGCCCAGCAGCUCAACAUCGCGAUUCAAUAUGCCCAAGGCCCGGGUGGGCAGGGAGACCCAACGACGGGCUCGUGGCUCUCCAUCUGGCCGGCAGCAGAUGCAAGCGACGUGAUUGUCUACGUCGGAGGCGUUGACAACAGCGUGGAAGAAGAAGGCAACGAUCGCGUCUCCCUUACCUGGACCGGCGCACAGCUCGAUGUCAUUGGCCAGUUGGCUGGACUCGGAAAGCCGAUGGUGGUCGUACAGAUGGGUGGUGGUCAAAUCGACUCAUCGCCUAUUGUCAACAAUCCCAACAUUUCUGCCCUCCUCUGGGGUGGCUACCCCGGCCAGGAUGGGGGCGUUGCCAUCAUGGAUAUCCUCACUGGAAAAGCAGCACCCGCUGGGCGACUGCCCACAACGCAAUACCCCGCAUCAUACAUCAACGAGGUACCAAUGACAGAUAUGUCGCUUCGUCCCAGUGCCAACAACCCGGGUCGUACGUACAAGUGGUACAAUGGAACUGCGAUCUUCGAAUUCGGAUCCGGUCUCCACUACACCAACUUCUCCGCCAGCAUCACCUCCAAGCUGCAGCAGAGCUAUGCCAUCUCGGACCUGAUGCAGUCCUGCAACACGACGUAUCUCGACCGAUGCCCUUUUGCUUCCGUCCAAGUCGAAGUAACGAACGAUGGCAAGACGACGUCUGACUACGUUACCCUUGGCUUCCUCGCCGGCUCCUUCGGACCACAGCCAUACCCUAAAAAGUCCCUAGUGUCCUACCAACGCCUCUUUGCCAUCAAAGGCGGUUCGUCCAAGACGGCGACUCUGAACCUCACUCUCGGUUCCCUCUCUAGGGUCGACGAAAAGGGAAACAAAGUCCUUCAUCCUGGCGACUAUAGCCUACUGAUUGAUAACGGACCUCUGGUGUCCGUCAACCUCACCUUGACUGGUAGCGAGGCCAUGUUGGAUAAGUGGCCGCAGCCGCCCGCGAAUAGGACUAGGAAGGGCGUCAGUGGGUUUAGUGACUAUUUCGUGGGAGGUUAUGGGAGUGAUCAAGUACCUAUGUAAAUAGUGACAUCCCUGUACCAUAGUCACGUCCAUCUAAUCCCGCUCGCUUGCCGGAUCGAUCUAGGUCGGCCCUCAUAUUAGUCCUUAUAGCCGUGGAAUUUCCCGUUUUCGGCGUAGCGGGUUUGCGUCAUGGCGGU